AUGCCGCAGAUACAAACUUGGGAUAUCCCUGCGGAUGAUUACAGUGCAGCAAGGGUAAUUCGGCUCGAGUCCAAAGGUUUGACCCGUCUCGUCUACGUUCUGAAAAAGGAGAGCGGUCCAGUCUAUGCGAGAUGGGCUGUUUGGAAGAGUCAUGACCGGCAGUGCAUUGAACGCGGCGAGCUCGCAGUGAUGCGCCAACGAAUUUGUCUCCCAGCACAUGGUACAGGUAGCUCAGCGACCACGGUACAAAGCUCCACGCCACGUGCGGGACUCAGCCCGGAGAUCCGCUCGUCGCCAAUGAGUGACCCAGAAAAGGUGCCGUGGUAUCUAGCAGUCCAGUUGACGGCUCACAGCGCGCUCCUAGCUAGUCAACUCGUCAUGCGUCAGGCGUCUAAAGACAGCUCCGCUCUUCAAACCCAUAGCAACAUUGACCCCGUGCUCGAGCGGAUCGUUUGCGUCAGCGAUGUCCGAGGGUAUAGUAUCCAGAUCAUCCUUGAGGUAAAGCCCAUCCGUAUACCAGGGCUGCCAGUCCAGGGCCUUUUCAUGAAACAUGCAUGCAAUCCAAGAGCGUCUGCCCUUGAUCCCUCGGGUCUCGCUCAUACAACCACUGCAGACUGCAGACUAAGCACCAUAUCCGCCCGCGCGAGCGCGCCCCCACCGAUCAUCAACGUCAUCCUCGGUCUGCUGCACUAG